AUGAGUGGGAGCAUUAAGGAUCUCAUCAAGCAGGAGAAGGAGAGAAGGAAGUUACUGAGGGAGGAAAGGAAAAAAGCAGAAAAGGAGAAGGAACAAACAGCAGGGGAAUCUUACCUAAUUGGGAAAGACACACCAGAGAACUAUUAUACAAAGAGUGCACAAGAGGACAGACUCUUUUUAAAAAUUCAAAAUAACUCCGAACAUGGUAGCGUUACGAAAAAGUAUAACAAUGUAGGAGAAGAAUUGUGUGAGGUUGAUCAGGGGAGGAGACCAUCCGGGGGCAUGGUCUUCAAUGAACAAAUGACAAUGAAAAGAAACAGUGAUAAUAAAAUCGAUAAAAGGGUGCGCUUCAUGGAACCGACUGCACCAAUAAAUAGGUUAAAUAAAAACAACAAUUUUAAGGAUGCAUUUUUGGACUAUAGCAACGAAGAGCAAAGUGAUAAUUCAGAAGGAGCUUCGAAAGAUAAGGAGGACGAAAAGCAUGUUGAGGACGACUUGCCUGCAGAUUUUUUCGACUCCAUAGUGACUUCCAAACAUAGUAGCAGUAAACAGAAUGACAAGAGAUCUACCACUCCUAUGGAAGGAACCCCUGGCGGGAAGAGAAAACCGAAUAAAAGUAUUCUCUUUCCCGAUGACGAAGGAGUCAGUGGGGCACCUCUAAACUAUGGAUUAAGUGAAGAGAAAAAUACAUCAGGUGGCAGGUCUACAUCAUCGGAAGAGGUCAGCGAAGAAAACCCUGACAUAGAGCAGCAAAGCGGAAAUAAAUUUGAUUUAAAGAAGGAACCGAACGUUGAAGUGAUCGAGACGUACGAAAUUACGGAGGACACUCUCGGAAGUGCAGAACUGCUAGAAAAUGAAAAUUUUCACAGGCAAAUAAAAAAAAAAAGGAAGUUACUCCUGGAGGGGGAAUACCAUUUGGAUGAAGAAGAAAAGGAUGAAAAAGGUCCAUUCCAAGGAGGCGAAAAAACACACAGAAGGAACAUGUCUAUAGGUAAAGGCGAUCAAACCGAUGGAGAGGGAGAACAAGAAGGAAAUCCCAUUAUGGAUCUGCUCACUACUAAUAUGGAAGAUCUGACAAACUACAAACUUCUGGACACGGCUUAUUACGAGGAGUUGGACUACCUACACAAAAUGUUGGUGGAGAAAAAAAAAUAUAUUUUAGGGGACACGUAUGAUGAGGAGAAGGAGGAAAAUGAAGAGAGGGAGGUAGAGCUACUUGAAGAAUUGAAUCAAUUUCGAAAAAAAAAAAAAAAAAUGGAAAAGGGAAGAGAUGAUGAAGGCAAUAACGAUAAUGACAACCAUUUUAACAUUGACGAAAUUUACGACAUGCUAAAGUUAAAAAGGGGGAUGAGGGAAGCUGAUGGCCACAUUGCACACACAAGUGGAAACACAGCAACUAGCAGGUACGCUGAUGAGGAGCGGGACGACGGAAAAAAGACAAGUGAAUAUGGAAAUUUACCCAGAGGAUUUUUUGAUGAUAAAGAAAAAGAUAUAAUGGUGAGAGAAAAUAUUUCCCUCCCUAAGAUAAACCAAAAAAUUGGGGAAAUUAAAAAACAGAAAAAGAACAUUUUGCUGGAAUUUAAGAUGAUGGAAAAUGCGUACCAGGAGAAGAAGAACAGCUACAUCGAUUACUUGUAUGAUGAUAAGUUUGAUGACAAGGAACACAUUUUGGAUGAAAUUGUGAGGAAGUCCACCAACCGAGGGGUGGUCGAAAUGAACACCCAGGAAGAUAAACAGAGCGAAAAAAAAAAGAAAAAAAAAAAAAAAGAAAAAAAAAAAGUAAAAAGGAAUACAAAUCAUUUCCAGCUUGAUGAUGAACAUGGGGACAUUUUCCACUGGAGGAAUAAAAGCCUUUUUUAA